AUGCUUUGGUUACAAGGAGGACCUUCUUUAUUAUCAAGUAGAUAUUAUGAUAAUUACAGCCAUAAUUUUAAUGGUAAUUUUAUGGAACAAAUAGAUGAAGAUUUAAAAGAGAUACAGGAAAUUGAGAAGAGAUAUCCUGCUUUAUACAAUCCAAUUUUAGUUGAUUGGAAUGGACCAGAAUAUUUUAAAGAAUCCAAAUAA